AAAAGCAUGCCCGGCAGUGAUUUCCACUGACGUCACGCAAAUCGACGCAAGCUCCUACCUUGUAUUCAUUGUAUCAUGGUUGUCAACUAGGCCGCACGUUGAGGUUAGCACAGAUUACAGAGUGUCUUAUGGUCUUAACCUCUGUGAUCUGUGGAGGUUAGAUAGCACAACAUAAAUACUUGCUUUUAUUUUUUGGAUGAAUUCCAUUUCGCUGAAAAAUUAUGCUUAAACAUCGGCGGUAAAGUGAGGGAAAAUGGCGUCGUCACAGGACGCUUGGUAUUUGUCCCUGCUGGGACUAGCGGAGUACUUUAGAGCUUCGAGCCCCCCACAGAUCAAGCUGUGCAUUCAAUGCCUGCAGGCCGUUUUCAACUUCAAGCCCCCGCAACGGGUGGAGGCCCGCACCCACUUGCAGUUGGGCAACAUCUUACUGAGCCAUACCAAGAACAUUGACCUGGCCAAGAACCAUUUGGAACAGGCUUGGAUGCUGUCGCAGCCAAUCUCCACGUUCGACGACGUGAAGUUCGAGGCAGCGAGCAUUUUAGCUGAAUUAGAGCAGCAGAACCAGAUAUCCGCGGCCAAACCCAUUCUGCGGAAGGCCAUCGAGCUGAGCCAGCACAAUGUCUACUGGCAUUGUAGACUCAUUUUCCAGCUGGCUCAAAUCCACGCCAUAGAAAAGGACUACGCACUGGCCAGCAGCCUCUUAGGGGUCGGAGUCGACUAUGCCCACAUUUCCAACGCCCACUACACCCGGAUAUUGUUUCUGCUAAGCAAAGGAAUGCUGUUGUUGAUCGACAAAAAGCUCCCCGAAGUGCACACAGUGAUCAGCCAGGCCGGCCAUUUGAUUGAAACCUGGACGGGAGGCGCCUAUCAGAGGGAGUACGUUAAAGUGUGCUUUUUGGUCCUUCAGGUGUGCCACUAUCUUAUGGGCGGCCAAAUUAAGGCUGUUAAGCCCUGUUUAAAGCAGCUGCAGCAAAGCAUCCAGGUUUUGGUGCAAGUAGACGAUGUGAUCACCGGCCCUAGUCAAGGCGACAUGUUCCUGUGGUUACCCAAAGAGCAUCUUUACAUCCUUGUAUACCUGCUCACUGUUAUGCACAGCAUGCAGGCAGGUUACAUGGAAAAGGCACAAAAAUACACAGACAAAGCGUGUGUGUACAUCGAAAAGCUGAAGAGUAAGCCAAGACAAUCGCCCGAAAAAAACUCUUCGAACGUAGACUUUGCAGUUCUAGACAACAAGCCCAUUUUAUCGGUGUUCCAACUGAUGCUCUUGGAACACAUCAUCAUGUGCAACCUGGUCAUGGGGAACAAAACCCAAGCGUUGCAAGAAAUCUCUUCCGCUACAGCGCUGUGCAAGAAAAGCCCGCGGUUGCUGGAAGCGCAUGGAGCUCAGCUACACACGCUGCUCGGACUGUACUCGAUGAGCAUGGACUGUCUUCCGGCCGCUGAGGCACAAUUUCUCGCUGCUUUGAACACUUCACAAGAGAGAGAAUUAUGGACUUUUGCCAACUUGAAUCUGGCGAUCGUGUACUUGCGAGGGAAACGCGACAACGACUUCAAUUCUUUGUUCGACCGCAUCAACCCGGAGAAUCUGCCCUCGCAAACGCACAGCUUGAAAGCGGCGGCCUACUAUGUGCAUGGCUUGCAGGCUUUUUUCCAGGCCCGAUACAACGAGGCCAAGCGCUACUUGCGGGAAACGCUAAAAAUGGCCAAUGCGGAAGACCUGAACAGGCUGACAUCCGGGUCUCUGGUACUGCUGGGGCAUAUUUUCCUAUCUUUAGGCAAUAGCCGAGAAAGCAUGAAUAUGGUCACUCCAGCAAUGCAACUGGCCAGCAAGAUUCCCGAUGUUCACGUGCAGCUUUGGGCUUCAGCCGUUCUCAAAGAUUUGCAUCGCAUUUGCGGAGACACGGCCCGAGAAAACGAGGCCUAUCAGAGACAUGUGAGUUAUUCGCAAACGUUGCGCAAUGACCAGCACAACGCCUCCAAAUUGCCUCAACAUUGUCUGAUCUACUGGACAAAGGGCGAUAUUCCGAUUUAACCAUGGACGCACUGUCUAGUUUUUUUUGUGCCAGCACAUCUACUUCGUUGAAGUUUUUGUAUCAACUCCGUUAUUUUAUUAAGCGACUUUUGUAGUU